GGUGAUGUUAAGCAAAGAGUCCGGCUAGGAGUAGUAACUAGCCGUGUAUCCAAGUAGUAGUACCAGAUAUUUUACGUAUAGAAGUUGGAGUUGGAGUCAUGUUAGGCUAGUGAUCAAGCUUGCCGGUGAUUAGAUUAGGAGAGUCCGGUUUAGGACUUGAGUCGAUGUCCGUGUUGGGUUAGGAAGGCUCAGGUCGGUUUGCUGUGCGUGCGUUGAGAUUGUCUGCUGCGUAUACCUAUAUAAACGCAGGCAGGGUGCGUGAGUUUGGAUCAAGAGAAAAAGAAGAAAAGCAAUAAAAAGAGGAAUUAGAGGGUGCGAGACGCACUCUUGGCUAUCAGUUUUUGUGUGCGCGCGUGCGUUCAUGCUAUUUGAUGUGAUCGAUCUUGUGGGUGAAUUUUCAACAUCCCUCGCGUACGUGUUGGCUGGAUGUUCCAGAGCGGCUCUGGAGAUGGGAGGGCGGUGAUUUGGGGGAGAAGGUGGAUUGGGCGGUGGGAGCACUUGCAGUGGUGUGGUGGGUACGACUGGCCUUGCACGCUGCCAUUGGAGGAGCUCCUUGCUCACCUUGGUCGCUGCUAUUGGAGGAGUUUGUCCCCCACCUAGAGGGAGAGAGCAGCAGCCGACGACCCGCGUGAACGGUGCGCGUGAAGCAGGAGGAUAGGGCAUCAAUGGUUUCAGUCGCUAGCAAGAUGGCUCAGGCUGUCAAAUUCGACACUACCGUGGCAGAAGAUCUAUGCAAGCAAAACUUGUGAGAUUAGUGAGUGGCCUGUCAGCAUUGGAAGCAUACCAUGUACAUUAAUCAGAUUAAAAGAAUGAAAUUAUUGGAUAAUAAGAAGAUCAAAUAGUGCAGACCAAAGGAAGAUAGAAUCCUUUGAGCAGGAGAUUGAUGGUCUCGAAAGCAGGUUAGGCAUAUACAGUAUUUAAAUAUUCCAUCUAUUUCCUUAUAUUUUCAGGAGAUGGUGGAGCUUCUAGUUCUAUAGUUACCAUGGAAACAGAUAUUCAGUCAAAGAUUUAGUUACUGAAAAGCAAGCUUGCAAAGGCUUUGAAGGAAAAUAAGAUGUACAUGGCUCAACAAAAGAGGGUGGUCUUGGCUCUAGACACAGGAACUUUAUUGUUGAACAUGGUCUGGAUGAUGAUAGUUACUGUGAAUCUGGGCUCGCUCUAAUCCGGAUUAAAGGCUCAGCCAUGGAAGCAGCAGCAGCAGACGAGGAGAGGCCCCUGCUUCAUCUCCAACCGUAUAAUCAGGAUGUAGGUUCAGAAUACACCGGCGAUGGAUCUGUUGACAUCAACAAUCAGCCUGCUCUGAAGUGCAACACAGGCAAUUGGAGGGCGUGCUACAUGAUUUUAGGCGUCGAGUUCUGCGAAUGCGUCGCCUUCUUCGCAAUCGCGACCAACUUGGUAACCUACCUCACCACCGUGCUCCACGAAAGCAAGGUCGCUGCUGCGCGGGAUGUCUCUGCCUGGGUCGGCGCAUGCUUCCUCACACCACUUAUUGGGGCCUUCUUGGCUGACACAUAUCUGGGAAGAUACUGGACGAUAGUUGUUUCCCUUCCAGUCCACACCAUCGGAAUGCUCGUGCUCACAGUUGCAGCAUCAGUCCCGACAUCGUACUACCAUGGUGAUGUUCAUCGUACUGUGGUGGUGUACCUGGGACUCUAUCUUGCCGCACUUGGGACCGGUGGCAUUAAACCCUGUGCGUCAGCCUUCGGUGCCGACCAAUUCGACGGCGGGGACCUGAUGGAGCUGGAGAAGAAGGGCUCCUUCUUCAACUGGUACUACUUCCUGCUCAAUCUCGGCUCCCUUCUGUCAAGCACACUGCUUGUUUGGCUGCAGGACAAUGGUGGGUGGGGGCUCAGUUUUGCAAUCCCAACGGUGCUCAUGACCUUGGGCCUAGCAGUAUUUGUUGGUGGCUCCAGAGUGUACAGGUUCAGGAAACUGAGAGCAAGCCCAUUCACGAGUAUCUGUCAGGUGCUCGUUGCGGCCGUCAGAAAGUGGCAUGUGCAACUGCCAGAUGAUAUCUCGCUCUUGUACGAGCUGGCCAGUUCGUCAUCAUCAGCUGAAUCAAGUCACAAAAUUCAGCAUACAAGUCAAUUCAGGUUUCUAGACAAGGCUGCCACUGUGCCGCCCCCGUUAGACCAGACAUGCAUGGUGUUGCCGUUGUGUUCAUGGAGUCUCUGCACAGUGACCCAAGUUGAGGAGUUGAAGAUACUGCUACGGAUGUUCCACGUCUGGGCGUCGUUCGUGAUCUUCUACGCAGUCGCUGGGCAGACCGCAUCAACGUUUAUCGAGCAGGGGAUGGUCAUGGACAACCACGUCGGCCAGUUCGCAAUCCCACCUGCCUCCCUCGCUAUUGUCAGCGUGUUCAGCGUCCUUAUCGGGGUUUUCAUCUACGAAUCCGUGCUAGUGCCACUCGCGCGGCGUUAUACUGGCAAGGCGAAGGGCUUCUCGCAGACGCAGCGCCUUGGAAUUGGCUUUGCGCUGUCCAUGCUGACCAUGGUCUACUCAGCAAUGCUCGAGAUGAAGAGACUGGCGACAGCACAAGCUAGCGGUCUGAGAGACCAGAAUGUGCCUGUGCCAGUGAGCAUUCUGUGGCAAGUGCCUGCGUAUGUAAUGCAUGGUGCAGCCGGAGUUUUCGCAGGAAUCGGCAUGAUGGAGUUCUUCUACGAUGAGGCCCCUUACACCAUGAAGAGCCUUUGUGCAGCAUUCGCGCAGCUUGCAGUUGCGUCCGCGGCUUACUUCAACGCGCUCGUAUUUAGUGUUGUUGCGGUGGCCACGACGCACGGUGAUGAUCCUGGAUGGAUCCCGGAUAAUCUGAAUGAAGGGCAUUUGGACUAUUUCUUCUGGAUGAUGGCUGCUCUUAGCUUACUGAAUCUGGCGCAAUUUGGGCACUACUCCAUGAGGUAUAGAGAGAAGACAGCUUCUUGACACCGAAUAGUAGACACUGGGCAGAGGAUUAAAGACUCCCCGCAUCAUACCGCAACAAAGAUGGCUUCUAUGCAGUUUCUGUGGACGGCGCACAACAUUUGCCAAAUUUCCAUCAGAAUGAUACAUAAUACACCGAAACUUAAAUUUAUCAUUGUAUAUAUAGUUUUACCUCUGCCUAUUCUCUGUACUUGACAGCCAAGAGAAGAAUCUGAAACAAAAUUAAUAAAGUUCUUUGGUGUGGGCGCACGAGCUGGUUACACCGUCACGACUUCAAAA